AUGCUCCUCCGCCUUACUUCGCCCGACAUUCGGGACACCUCGCUCGUCGACUGCACCACGGGCGAAGUCCUCUACCGCACAUCCACUCCUGUCGCCGGUCCUUCGCGCUCUCGCGCGGGCUCUAUAACAGCACCUGGACGCGCCUCAACCUCUCGACGCGCUCCCUCGAAAAACUCCCAGAAUGCGACCCCGAGCGUGCACGACGGCGCUGCUCGACGCCGACGGGAGGUGGCAGCGGAGAUCGUGUGGGACGGGCGCGUUGCGUCGGUGAUCAAGAUUGGGGACGAAGUCCUGAGGGGAACAACGGAGCUGUUCGACGCCGCCUUCGUGCGCGUUAUGCCCGACGAAACCUUCCUUCCAACACGCAUGGAAUACACCUGGAAGAUCAGACCCGAGUCACUAGCAGUGCAUAGGACGCUAUACUCGGAUUCCACCUUAGUUAAGAGCCGCCCGGUUGCCUCCCUCCAGCCGGUCACAUUUCUCCUGGUUACCACCCUCCGGGAAAGAUUAUAUGCCGUGACAAAAUAUGUCUACAGCCAGCGCAAAACGUCUUUCUCCAACCUGCGCGUCCAUGCGUCGCGCAGCUUGGCAAACAUUCGCGACAGAUUACGAAGAACCAUUGCCCCGGCUGCCUCAAAUCAUUGA